AUGGUUGAGUUUGAAGAUAUCUUUUCUGUGCAAAUAUUCUUUAUCAUCUUACGAGAAACUGUUGAGUGUGCUGUUAUCGUCUCUGUUUUACUAGCAUUUCUAGAACAGAAUUUAUCUUCUCCAUCAACUUCAUCAAUAGUAAAGAAUCAAAAUCUCACUUCCACAUCUGCUUCACCUAACCCCGAAGCUCAGUUAUUGGUUAGCAAUGGUGACAAUGCUGAUGAUAAUGGUAACGAUAUUGUAAAGACAAACUCAAUUUUGUACAACACCCUUAAAUGGCACAUUUGGUUGGGAAGUUUAGCUGGCUUGUUUGUUUGUUUGUUAUUGGGUGGUUUUUUUGUUUUCUUAUUCUAUUUGAUCAAAGUCGAUUUGUGGUCAAAAUCCGAACACUACUGGGAAGGUAUUUUCAGUUUAUUAGCAUCGAUAGUUAUCUCCGUCAUGGGCUUUGGAAUGAUAAAGAUCGGUAAAAUGAAAUCAAAGUGGAAAUACAAAUUAUCAAAGUUGUUUUAUAAAGAUAAAUUAUCUCAAAAUAAUACCACUGCCGAAAACGAUUUUGCUCUUAAUAACGUCAACUCUAACGGCUCCUCAUCAAUUGAAAGAGAAAUUGAUAAUGAAUUGAAUCAAGCUUUGGAUAUAAAUAAAAAUUCUUGGAAAAAUAAACUAAAAUUUUAUACCGAAAAAUACUCAUUAUUCAUUCUCCCCUUUAUAACCACAAUGAGAGAAGGUAUGGAAGCUGUUGUAUUUGUUGGAGGUGUCGGUGUCUCUGAGCCCUUUUCUUCGUUUCCUCUAUCCAUCAUCCUAGCUACAGCAAUUGGAUUCUCUAUUGGUUACUUUUUAUAUAAAUCUGGUAACUCAGUUUCCAUUCAAAAAUUCCUUGUUUACUCAACUUGUUUCCUUUAUGUUGUUGCCUCGGGUUUAUUUUCCAAGGGAUUUUGGAAUUUCGAAUUACAAAAAUACAUUGAUGAUUGCAAUGGUCAAGAUUUAACUGAAGUUGGUAAUGGUCCAGGCUCUUAUGAUAUUUCAAAAUCAAUCUGGCAUGUCAAUUGUUGUAAUGGCCAAACUGAUGGUUUAUGGAUGUUAGCUGCCGCCAUAUUCGGUUGGACUAAUAGUGCAACUUAUAUUUCAGUUCUAACUUAUGAUCUUUAUUGGAUUGGAAUAGUCAUUAUUAUAAACAUGUUGAAAUAUGAGGAAAAGCAUGGCUUCUUGCCUUUUAUUCCAAUUAAAUACCAAAAAAGAAGACUAUUAAAAAAAUUGGAAUUUUAUGAUGGUAUGAGAAAAUUCUCCGAACUAGAAAAUCAAGUAAAUUCCAUGCCAAUCUCUGCUCCAAUUCAUAUCGCACAGUCAACUGAUACUUUAGAUAGCAAUACCCCAUUAAUAACUCACUCUCAACAACCUAUUGUUAAUAAAACUCAAAAUAAUAAUAAUAAUAAUAAUUAA